CAGACAACGCCUGGAAGGAUUUUGCUGAAGACAACUGUGUCCACUCUCCAGGACAUAAGCAACUUUACCUCCUAAACUAACAGUGAAGUCAUGCAGGUGGAGAGGAAAUGGCACAUUCUGUUUACUAUAUUCUUUUUGCUCAUCACCUCGGGCCAGUGUAUGGACAGCAAGGUCGUCAAGCAGAAAGAAAGAAGGACCCUGUUGGAUCUAAUCUUACAGGUUAUCAGAGAAAGCCAGCAACGGGACAAAACCGUCUCCAGACGCUGUAGCAGUGGACUCUUCACUUCAGCACAAGACAUGAAGUCCACCUCCCGUGAAAAGCCUUUCUAUGUUCAUAGGCUGGAUAACAGUAGACUCAUAGAAAUUGUUCCUAGAGAUGUAAACAUGAAAGGAAAAUUCAUUCAGCAUUUCACAGCAGGACCAGUCAAGUUCUCGUCGGAGUGCAGAACACACUUUCAUAGACUUUAUCAUAACACAAGGGAUUGCUCAAGACCAGCAUAUUACAAAAGAUGUGCAAGAUUGCUAACACGAUUAGCAAUGAGUCCUCUCUGCAUGCAAUCGUAGAUGUUGCAUGUCCCAACAUAAUGGAAGAGGGAACAUUGUGUUGCCAAGGAAGUGCCUUCAAAUCCACAGCAGUCAUAUGAACAUUGUCGAGUUUAUUGUGUUUCUAUUUUUGUU